AUGAGCCCGUCUCUGCUUGAAUAUCUCGUGGAAAACGAGCCAGCUUUUAGGAAAGCUCGACUUCCUGCACUCUACUCCGAUUUCCAGACCCAGCGUACGCUAAACCCAGACGGCUACGAAGCCAACGUAUCGGCAUGGCGCAAAGCUCUCGGGCGCAUCGUCGGCUCAGGGUUAGCUCCAGCCGGGCGAGGGGCUGCUUCAAAUCUAUUUGUUCUGCACUCGGAUGAACAGCUGCUCCGUGCAUUGGAGUCAAAGCAGUACGGUCGGCCACUCGCCCUCGGUACCGUAGUACGUGAGGCCUUAGCAGCGAAAGAUCUCGUCCCGCUGCGAGACUUUCUCGAAGCUAAGGAGAGCAUCUACUACCGGCCAUGGUCGGUGUGGAACCUCGCUUCAUGGACGAUGAAGCAGCUCGGGGUAGCAGAUAUUCUGAAGAAGGAUUCUCUUCCACCAGGGGAGUUCGUUGUGGUUUCCAAUGUCGAGGAAGCCGGCAAGGCGUUCGCCUCACAACAAGGCCCAGCCGCCACAGCGGGAACCCGCUUCGACCGCACCUUUUCGAAAGCGCACUUCUACAAAACCUUUAACGACCAGCUCCUCGACGGCCACAAACUCUCCGAAACCGACAUGGACGUCCUCCUCCGCUUCCUUUCCCGCGACAAACCCGCCAUCCUAUACGACGGCACCACCAUCAAGAUCCAGUCCCCAACCUCUUCCUCCAACGACAACAACAACGAACCCGCCGAGAUCACCCCGGAAGACACCUCAAUCGCGCAACUCAAAGAACUCCUCGUCUCCCUCACCCAUCAAACCGCCCUCCUAACCGCCCGCGUCGAACAACUGACCGCCCAGGCCCACCAAGCCGUCUCCAAAUCCAACCGCGUCGCCGCUCUAGCAGCCCUCCGCUCCCGCAAACUCGCCGAGUCCACUCUCGCCCAGCGCUUCGCUACCGUGCACCAGCUGGAAGAAGUCGCGGCGCAGAUCGAGCGCGCCGCUGACAAUGUGCAGCUGGUGCGUGUGAUGGAAGCGUCUGGCACUGCGCUGGCGUCGCUGAAUGCGCGCACGGGCGGGGCGGAUCGGGUCGCGGAUGUUGUGGAUCGGCUGCGCGAGCAGAUGGCGGAUGUUGAUGAGGUCGGAUCAAUCUUGGCGGAGUCGGCUGGUACGGUGGUGGUGGAUGAGGAGGAGAUUGAUGAGGAGCUGGCUGUGUUGGAGGGUGAAGAGCGGAAGCAGAAGGAGGAGGUGGAGAAGGUGGCGAGGGAGGAGAGGGAGAAGGAAGAAGCAGAGAAGACACGCGAGCGGUUGCUUGCGGCUGGGGAGGUGCCGAGUGGGGAGGUCAAGGUGCCUAGGGGGCAAGGAGAUAAGGAGAUGGAGGAUCUAAUGAGUAGGAUGUCCCUCAAGGAGGAUUCAUGA